AUGACGGUGUUCGCUAAGCAAGAUAUUCAGCGUGCUGUCGAUGAAUACAUCGCUACACUAGAUUCCUCUCUCUGGGCGUUGAAUCAACAGAUUCACCGAAACCCAGAGCUGGCAUAUCAAGAACACCAUGCUCAUGAUGCUAUCUGCGAGUUUCUUGAGGCCCACGACAUCCCCGUAACCCGCCACGCGCAUGGCCUCAGCACUGCGUUCGAAGCUAUUGCCGGCAGCGAAUCCGGUCGCUGCGUCAGUUUCAAUGCUGAAUAUGAUGCUUUGCCAAAUAUUGGACAUGCAUGUGGCCACAAUCUCAUCGCCACGGCAAGCCUUACCGGUUUUAUGGCCCUUGCCUUUCUGAUCCGGAAGUUCGGGCUUCUGGGCCAGGCACAGUUGUUGGGUACGCCUGCGGAGGAGGAUGGUGGAGGAAAGAUCGAUCUGAUCCGCAAGGGAGCAUAUGACAAUGUGGACGUCUCAUUGAUGAUGCAUCCCUUCUCAGUCGAUGAGUUUCCAGACCCCAAUGUUGUUGGCAUCGCAGGUCGAGCCUCUAUCUCGUGCUACGACAUUGUCGCUACAUUUCACGGGGUCAGCGCGCAUGCCAGUGCUAGUCCUUGGCAAGGCGUAAAUGCGCUCGACGCUCUCGUAGGCGCUUAUAAUAACAUCUCAAUGCUACGUCAGCAGCUGCAUCCUGACGAGAGAGUCCAUGGAGCCAUCCUCCAAGCGCCAGGCAUCACCAACGCCAUUCCUGAGACCACUCAGACUAAAUAUACCGUUCGCAGUCGCACCAUCAACAGGGUCAAGGCGCUGGGUGCCCGUGUCGAGAAAUGCCUGGAGGCAGGUGCAUUGGCCUCUGGAUGUGAGCUGGAGAUUCAGUCGUCUCAGAUCUUCGCGGAUCUGGUAGUAAACAAGCCAUUGUGCAAAGGGUUUCAGGAGUGCAUGGCGGAUCAGGGUGAGCAGCUGUUGGAUCUCGACAAGGUGCUGAUGUCUGGAUCUACUGACCAGGGCAAUGUCUCGCAAAUCAUGCCGGCACUCCACGCCCUUGUCGGUAUCCCGGUCCGCGAUGGUGCCAAGAACCACACGCGGCAAUUCACUACGGCUGCGGGAACCCAAGAGGCGCAUCGGCAGACAAUCACGGCAGGCAAAGCUUUGGCUAUGACUGGGUGGAUGGUUCUUGUGGAUGAUGAGUUUUAUCAGAAUGUAAAGGACGAUUUUGUUGCGUCCAAGGGAACAGCUUUGUAG